AUGGCGGACAGACAAUUCGUCGUGAUCGAAUUCUGCGGGGAGCUACCCCGGGGCGCGGAUAAGAAGUACGGGGUCGAGAGUGAGAAUGCACAAUUGCGCUGGGAAACCCGCUCGGCAAAAAUUCUCCACAGUUUUGAUUCAGAGAAUGAUGGGAAAAGGUACAUGGAUAACAUAAGACGAGUUGCAGACUCAGAAAAUAAGGAACAAAUGAAGAAUAUACAAGCGACAUCGACGCCGUUUAAAAAAAGAUUUCUUACGACAAAGGACCAAUCUGCUUUGCCUGACAAUCUCAAUGGAGCACUUCGAUCGGUUGCAGACGUAAAUCGGAAACAUGAGAGAUCUAUUUCUGCAAAUGCAGACCCCUCUAUAAACACCAGAGUAGAGCAAGGAAGCAAUAAUAAUAAUAAUCGUAAACGAAAAAAAAGCGACGAUCUUGUCACACCGAAAAAGCAAAUAAACAAAGGAGAAAAAGCGAAAACUAUUAGUACCAAUCAAUGUGAUACUACAACAGUUGUGCAAGGAAGCAUAGGACGAUCAAACAGACAAUCCGCCACGAAUAAGGCGGAGGUCACGGAACACACCGUCAACGCUCAAUUAUUAACUCAACUUCAUCGAUUUUUAUUGCCACAACUGCGCGAGAAUUUGGAAAGAGACCUGAAUUUAUUAGAGGAACACUUGUCGGUAGGGGAUCAAAUUAAUAGUCUGUGGUCAGAGAUAACAAAGGAAUUCAACAUUGGCCAA